UUCUAUGUCAUCCCCAUCCGUAGGUAUUCAUUCUACACCAUCUCCAUCCCCAGGUGUUACAUCCACACCAGCUCCAUCCCCAGAUGAUAUAGGAACACCUAAUGAAGACUUAAAUGAUGAGGACCCGCCACUUGAUGAUCUUCCUUUAAUUAAACCUACUCGUAAUGGGUUUCUCCCAUCAAAGAUUGCAUCAAGUGCUAUCACACGGACCAUUAAGCAGCAAUAUCAUGCACCCUGGGUCACAUGGGGAGAAAUUCCCCCGGCUGAUAAAGAUAUUUUCUUUCAACGCUUUAAGGAUAAUUUAAAUAAAGAAGAGAGAUGGAAUUGGUGAAGAUACCUACGAGGCAAGCUUUAUAAAAAUCUUCAAAUGUUGUCUUAAAGGCACGUGCAUUUUAGCAGCCCUUCGCUCUACAAAAGUCUUCACAACACUCAAGAAAUACAAAGGAGGGAGAGAGAGAGAAGUGUUUUAAAAUUUAAACUACUGAAAAUGGGUCAAAAAUCGUUUCUUUUUUGAUCCAACUCCGGUCCCCUUGCAUUGUGCUCGAGAUGCCUAUUUAUAGGUUUCUAACUCAACUAGAAUGAGCAUUUUGAGUAUCGAAACGGGGCCGUUCCAAAUGAGUUUGUUUUGAGAAAAUUUUAAAUUU